AUGCCGACGAAGAAGAAAGCCAGCGGCCGCAAGCGCGACCACGAGGCGGACAUUGCUGAGCUUGAAGAGCUCCGGAAGCAAAUCGCCCAACGGGACAAGGCUGAAAAGGCCCGCAAGGCUGAAGAGGCUCGCAAGGAGGAAGAGGCUGCCCGCAAGAAGGAAGAAGCCGCCCGCAAGGAAGAAGAGAGUCAGGGCAAGCGGCAAAUCAGCAGUCGGCGCCAACGUACACUCGUUCGCUGGGAUGUGGACACCGAUAUUCGACUUCUAUUGGCCAUCCAGUAUGCCUGCAAUAAGGUCGCAGUCAAGAUUCCUUGGAAGGAGGUCGCAGAAACCAUGGGAUCGAAGUUCACGGAGGGUGCAAUCGUCCAGCAUUUGUCGAAGCUCCGCACCAAACGAGAGGAGCAGGAUAAGCCCAACCCGCCUCCACUGAAGCGUGCAGGAAAUGGUUAUCACAAGAACGACACAAGCUGCAAGAAAGAAGUGCUGCCUGCUGCAAAGGAUGACGCUGCGCCAUGCACUCGCAAUGGAAGGCGCCGUCACCGUAAUCCAUCUGAUGAGGAUUCCGAAGACAGUGUGUACACUCUCAAGAAGAAGCAGUUCAAGAAGAACAAGAAGGACAAGGUCUUUGUUGCUCCCAAGCUGCGUACCAAGCGCGAGGAAACCGACAGCGAUGACUCCCAGAAGCUCGUCUGUGUCGGAGCAGAAUGGCUUCGUGACUUCACCGAACGCGAUGAUCGUGCGAAUGACGACGAAUCAACUACUUCCGAGGAAAAGACUACCUCUGAGGAGAACGAGAAAUCAACUGAAAGCAGCGAGUCUACUACUCAAGCCGCCAAGAAGUCUCAGACCAACAAGAAGUCCAAGAUGGUGAAACUCCACUUGGAUCCUGUGCGCAUGGCUAUUCUUGACACCAAACUUCGUGACUCUGCAACUUCCUGGGAGCCUGUGACUCCAACCAACCCACCGCGCGAGGUGACCAACAUGGCACCCGCUCGUCCCUCUUUCUACCCUUUCAUGCCUCCUAACUCUUUUUCCGAUUUCUCUCCUGAGACACCACCCCCGUUCUCAACCCGUGGAUCUUCCAUCCAAUUCCCCUCAAGUGGGCCAAGCCCAUUUGACUAUGUCAACCGGUUUCCCCCCGCAACUUCUGAGGAUGUUCCCCGUGCCGCUCCAAGCCCUGUCUUGGCGGGAGUGUCUGGUUUGGAUCAAAUGCCCACUGCGGCUUAUUCGCGGUUUGACAUGGCUCCCGAAAUCCAAUAUGCAGGUCAGUAUAGCGGUCAAGGUACUUUCCCUAUGACCGGCUACCUGGAGAACAGUGGCUUUGAAAACCAGUUCCUUUCCGACAGUGAACUUUUUGAUAAGCUUCCAGAAGUUGAGCCACCACGCUACCUUGGGUAUGAGGGUGAGGACGUCAAGGAAUUUUAA